ACGUCACGGAGGCUAUGUUGCCCAUCAAGAGAACAAGAGCAUUGAGCUCAUAGAGAUGCCAUGGUGUAAUCUCAGUUUUACAUUCACAGAAAAGUUGGAUAAUCCAUUUUCAGUCAAAGUACACGAAAAAUACCGUAUAUAUCUGUGAUAAAUAGUGUCGGGGAAUGAAGAAUGAAAAGAGUAUUUAUCGUUGAAUAGGUUUCAAGUACUGUGUUCGCAAGUGGCUAUAAACAGUGAAUUUGGACAGCAAUUAUGGUUAUUUGGGUGAGGUUGGAAGCGUUAUAAAAAUAUAUAUUUUCUUCCUAUGAUGACCACAAAGACGGCUGUAGAACCUGUUGAUCCAGUCCGUGAAGAACGAACUGGCAAGGUUCGGGAAGUUGGUUCGCAAGCAAUUUGGAGCUUAUCGUCAUGUAAACCAGGUUUUGGUGUUGACCAGUUGCGUGAUGAUUGUAUGGACACCUACUGGCAGUCUGAUGGGCAGUUGCCACAUCUGGUUAAUAUUCAGUUCAGAAGAAAGACAACAGUGCACGAUAUAUGUAUUUUUACAGACUACAAACUGGAUGAAAGCUACACUCCUAGCCGUAUUUCCAUUCGAGCUGGCACUAAUUUUAAUGAUCUUCAAGAAGUUGAAGUGAUUGACCUGAAUGAGCCUACAGGUUGGGUCCUCAUACCAAUUAAAGACAUUCAUGAAAAACCAAUAAGGACAUUUAUGAUCCAGAUAGCAGUUAUUAGUAAUCAUCAAAAUGGAAGAGACACUCAUAUGCGACAAAUUAAGAUUCAUUCUCCAAUGGAAUUUAGGGGAAUUGGAAUAGAGGAAUUUGGAAACUAUGUGACUGUUGCUUGCCAGCAAUAUAGUUGCAUCAGAUGACUGCAUGGAAAUGUUGUGUAAAUUAAAUAUGACACUUGGAACAGCUUCUUUUAAGAGGCUGAGUGACGGUUUGCAUUACAAAAACACAAAUCUUUUAUGAUAAACUUUACUGACUGCAAUAUAUUGUAUUUUGUUAUAACAGA